AGUCACAUUUUUUUCUCUUUCUUCUAGUUCCCUUUUGGCCGCCGCUCGCCCUGUGACAUCUACUGGCAUGGUGUUUCAUUUCAUGACAACAACAUAUUCUCCGGUCAAGUGAACAAGUUUCCAGGCAUGACGGAGAUGGUGCGUAAAAUUACUCUGAGCAGAGCAGUGAGAAUUAUGCAGAAUCUCUUUCCUGAGGAGUACAACUUCUACCCUCGCUCUUGGAUUCUGCCUGACGAGUUCCAGCUCUUUACUGCUCAGGUUCAAAUGGUGAAAGACGGUGACCCCUCCUGGAAGCCCACUUUUAUUGUGAAACCUGAUGGUGGUUGUCAGGGUGACGGAAUCUACCUCAUUAAAGACCCCAGUGACAUCCGCCUGGCAGGGACCCUGCAGCGCAGGCCGGCGGUGGUCCAGGAAUACAUCUGCAAACCUCUCCUUAUCGACAAGCUCAAGUUUGACAUUCGCCUGUAUGUCUUACUGAAGUCCUUAGACCCCUUAGAGAUUUACAUAGCCAAAGAUGGACUCUCCAGAUUUUGUACAGAGCCAUACCAGGAGCCCACUCCCAAAAACCUGCACCACAUCUUUAUGCACUUAACCAACUACUCCCUGAACAUCCAUAGCGGUAACUUUGUCCACUCGGACAGCACUAGCACAGGCAGCAAAAGGACUUUUUCUAGCAUUCUUUGUAGGUUGUCUUCCAAAGGCGUUGACAUCAAGAAGGUCUGGUCUGAUAUCAUCUCCUUGGUGAUUAAGACCGUCAUUGCCCUGACUCCAGAGCUCAAAGUUUUCUACCAGUCGGACAUCCCUGCAGGGAGGCCGGGGCCCACAUGCUUUCAGAUUUUAGGCUUUGACAUUCUUCUAAUGAAAAAUCUGAAGCCUAUACUACUUGAAGUUAAUGCAAAUCCCAGCAUGAGAAUUGAACAUGAGCAAGAACUUUCUCCAGGGGUGUUUGAAAAUGUCCCCAGCCUUGUCGAUGAGGAGGUGAAAGUGGCCGUGAUCAGAGACACCCUGCGCCUCAUGGACCCACUGAGGAAGAAAAGAGAGAACCAGCGCACCGCCUCCUGCCGAGGCCCAGCAAACCUGCUCUGCCCACAUGCUCUGGGUCCAAACUCUGGACCCUCACGUGGCUACCUCCACCUCCUCAGUGAUUGCAAUGGAUGGGGCUUGUCUUUCCCCACUGGGUCAAGUGCUUCUGGACUGUGUGCACCUCGCCUUUGUGUCCCAGGCCCCAGGGACAGGUCUCAGCAGCUGGAGAACCCAUCAGCCGGAAAGGAAGAUCCUUCCGACAAUGAUCUGGCCAUCACCUCGGAAGGCAACCCCAAACCUGAGGCCCACCUGCCCUCCAUCUGCCUCAAGCAGGUGUUCCCCAAGUAUGCCAAGCAGUUCAACUACCUGCGCCUGGUGGACAGGAUGGCAAACUUGUUUAUCCGGUUCCUGGGAAUCAAGGGGACAAUGAAGUUAGGACCAACAGGCUUCCGUACCUUCAUAAGGAAUUGCAAGCUAAGCAGCAGCAGCUUGUCUAUGGCCGCCGUGGACAUCCUCUACAUCGACAUCACAAGGAGAUGGAACUCCAUGACCCUGGACCAGCGGGAUUCAGGGAUGUGCCUGCAGGCCUUCGUAGAGGCUUUCUUUUACCUGGCUCAGAGGAAGUUCAAGAUGCUGCCCCUGCACCAGCAGGUGGCCUCGCUGGUCGACCUGUGUGAAUACCACCUGUCCCUGCUGGAUGAAAAGCGGCUGGUGUGUGGCCGGAGUGGCAGGUUUGGGAGCCGGCACCCUCACGGCGGCAUGCCCCAGGAAGCUACCGCGACUGCCCCGCUGGUGGAGGGCCACCUCCCACCCGGCGCAGGCAAGCUUCCCCAUUCCACACGCGUUCUGUCCUGAGGGCCGCUCUGUCCUCCCGGAACAAGCAAGCCCUUCCUUCAGGGCUGGAGAGAGGCCCUGGGCUUCCCACGCGGAGAAACGCCGGCUGCCGGAUUCCUGCCGGGACUCUGCGAGCUGUGGGUCCUGCGCUUCGGGAGCCGCCUGACUCGCGCCCGCCUUCCUCCCAGCGCCUCGCGGUGGUAAACCUGUUUGCAAGUCACAGUGGACAUAUGACAUCCCAAAGGUGACAGAUGGCAUCUCCUAUUCUGAGCUCAUGGGAAGCGACAGUGGGGGUGAAACUGUUGUGUUUGGGGAACCAACAGCCCAGGCUGCGCUGUGGUGAGGAAAGGACGUGAGGCAGCUGAGUCCUGGGUCUGUGGGGCCCAGCGGGAGCGCUGGCUGAAGCCCGGGAGCAUCAUGCCUACUUCCCGCCUCCGCUCUGUGGGAUGGAGUGGAAAUGCCCGCGACUCCCGUCCGAUCAUGUGCUACUUGGGUGUAGUUAACAGAUUAGCCUCGUUUAUUUCAUUAGCUUGCCUACUGCUGCAGUGUUCGGUUUGUUAUUAAUUAAGAAAUAAUUAACUAAGAAGUCA